ACUGCAUUGCAGAGAGCCAAAGCGUUAGACGCAGUGUCUGGUGUCGACGGUCUGUCCAUUCGGAUGUCUAGUGAUUCAGGUCUGGGAUCUUCUGAUACCUUCAGGAUAGUCAUGAUGCGACAUCAUUCCAGGAGGAUGAUCCAGUCAAAUACCAAUCGUCCACCACUGAGUUAUUCUGCCCAUGGUAUGAUAUGGAAACGAUCACUGGUAUGACCACAACUUCGUGGUGGCAACGAUGGAAAAGAAGCACGAGAGCAAGCCUUAUCAGGGACCAUUUCUAUUCAUCAACAGCACCGCCGAGAAACCCACGACAAGCAAGAAUGAUAGCUUUACAAUAUCGUCCCAUGUGUCGAAGACACACCGUAACUGGCUAAAGGCUCAGAGAUUGAAGAGAUUGCAGGCAUCUGUGGGCAAGGCUGUGGCGCACAGGUCUAUCCUUGCUGCAGAUCCUAUAAUAUCCGAAGGCGGCCCCCUACCAUUGGGGUCACCUUACGGUGUUGGGUCUUCAUCUAUGACGGAGCCCAUUCAAGUACGCGUCAACAAUGACGAAGUUUUGGCCGGAAGUCAAACGAGAUAUGUCUUGGACUCGUCGAAGACAGGCGGCUUCGAUUGCUUACUCGGCAUUGCCACUAGUCAGCGUGUUUUCCCUUUCGAGGCCAGCCAAGAGCGUGGUGAUCAUCAAGGCUUGCAUGAGAAAUCAUGGAUAAAGCACGACCGUCAAGCCAUGAGACCACUCCUAGCCAUAUGGAAAGGUAGUGCAGACCCCUUUUCGGCCGCUGCUGUACACCUCACACCCAGGGAUCAUGAGAUCAUCUGCCUAGCCCAGCGGUUCUUGGUAUUUGCAGCAUGGCCAGAGAAAGCUAGUGCAGUGUUCAGGACCCCAAUAGCCGAUACAACGAACUCGCACAUACAGCUGCAGCAGACUAUAACGGAUGAAGCCGAGAUCCAUGCAAUCCUUGCCUCGGGAUAUCAUGUGGCCGUAGACCUCUCGACGGAAGAUUCCCAAGUCGCAGUUGCAAGACGGUUGGCACACAAGUCCAGGGCCGUGAUGUUGCUAAGGCAGAAACUGUCGAGGUCGGGUUCUUCGAAGAGUGUAGCCACAUUGAUUCGACUGCUCAUCUCGUUGGACUUCCAGGCUGGUGAUUUUACCGCUUCUCUGGUGCAUUUACGCGGGCUGUGGUCGAUAUCAUUGUCCGUUCCCGGCAUGCUAGCUGACACGCAAGAGCUUUUGAUUGUCAGCGACGUAUGGAUCGCGCUUUCGCUACUCAAAAGACCGGAGAUAUCACCAGCACGAUACGAUCCGGGUCCGCGACUGGCACAGUCAUUCGACGUUGAACUUCGAGAUUUGGAGAACCAUUUUCCACAUUCGCUCUCUCGAUGCACGACAUCUUCUGGCACCACUGUGCUUGAUCUAUCAGUAUUGUCUUUGCUGAAUGCUGCUUCCGAGAUAGUGAAUACGAAAGCGGUCAUGGCCAAGCUUGAAGAUCCUGGAUUGCAGCAAGACGUCGUCUGGUGGAUGCAUCGACGUGCCACGGCCGUGUCAGGCCGACUGAUGACGGGUUACGUUGAGGCCAUGGAAGCUGCAAUUUCUCCGGCGUCGGACCAAGUCACGACCACCAGAAACAUGAUGAACAGAAUUGCAUGUUUAUGCGCGAUUCUAUUCAUGAACCUGAGGUUCGUGGAUUCUCCCAGCAACUACAAUUUCAGCACUACAUUUCAGGCUAUCGAACCAGCCCUGCGCAGUGUUGCCCGCUACAUGGAUGACAUGCCCAAGGAGUUUGAUAAAGCCUAUCUAUGGACACUCUUCAUGUGUGCUAUGGGAAACGACGUCUAUGCUGCAAGAGGAGAUAUCCUUUACUCGCCUUGGCCAGUUCCGGAGUUCUUUCGUGUUUGCAAGAGGAUGGAUUUGACGGAAAGGGAUGCUGUUAUCAACAUUCUCAGUCAGUUUCAGUACUAUCCACAAAUGGACGAAUUCCUCAGCGAAGUGCUGCAUGGCGCACAAAGCAUACCAGUCACCAACAUGAUCCCUUGGACCAGAUGGUGUUUUGCUCUGGAUCAUUAUAUUGGCUGAAAGGGAACAGUAUGGGCUCGAUCAUAACUCUUACGUGCUACAAGCUUUACAUGUUCGAUCUUCAAUUUCAAUCUUACGAACUCGCCAUACUUGUGCAUGCCUUGCUGGCCCGAUGUCCGCGGUUAUGCCUGUUCAACUGUCUAGGCAACUGACAGCACCACUCCCAAUCUGCAAUCAAUCUACAUCUUAUCCUGCCAUUAAAAGGUGCUCAUACGGUACUUGCUGUCACCGUCGUACUGCGACAGCUCUUC